UACGGUGAAAGGAGCAGCAGAGAAUAGCUAAAAAACAUCACUGCUCCCUAGCCUCCACCAAAAUGCCGGGUGUCAUCAAUAACGGAUCAUAUGAAAACGUUACGAGAGCAGAACUCGACGACUCAUCUAUCAAACUGUGGGCUAGUUACAUAAAAUCGAUCUCGUAUACAGAUUUGGACAAAGUUAUCAUCCCCAUCAUUAUGCCAAUCGUGGUCUCCAUCGGUGUCAUUGGUAACAUAAUGACAAUUAUCGUGAUAGCAAGCAAAAAGUGCAUGCACACACCUGUUAACGUGUACUUCGCAAAUUUGGCGAUAGCUGAUACGUUGCUCCUCAUAACGGCACCUGAUUUGAUAUGGAACUCUUAUCUUAAAAGUCCGUUAAGGGAUGUAACUGACAACGGUGAAAUGAUGAAUUGGGUUUGUCCGCUAAAUAAGUUUCUCUAUUUUACAGUAGAACAAGUGGCAUUCUUCACAAUAUUUUGGCUAUCCGUUGAACGUUAUAUGGCAAUCUGCAGACCUUUGAAGUUCCGACGAAGUGGAUUUGGGAAUUGUUUAAAGUCUUUAAAGAUCUGUGGCAUCAUCUGGUUUUUAUGUUUGUCUUGGAGUGCACCAUUGUUGGUCCUGUUUCGUAAAAAAACCAAAGAAGUUUCCUGGCCUCUCUUUGCUGUCGAUAUUUUGCCGAAUUUUGUUACAAUUUGUACAAGCAGGUCAGAAUACAUAGUAAUUCUGUGGUACGUAAAUCGAGCUAUCAUCGUGUUGAUGAUUGUGAUCAUAGUAGCUCUUUACACGGCGAUGUUGAUGUCAGUGCGGAAGUCGCGAAGUAUAGCAGGUAGUUCGGCCGGAACAAAUCCAAUAUCGAAAUCAGAAUUGAAAGUUUUCCUGACAGUAUUUGUAACUAUUACGGUUUACGUUGGUUGCUUGGCACCAUUUCAGAUAUAUGUUGUAUUAUUAGAUCAUAAAAUUACAGUCAACAAUUCACUAAUAAAUCUUUUCUUCCUCAUGGUUCAAAUAAAUUCCUCGGUAAAUCCUGUGAUAUAUAAUGCAAUGAAUUACAGGUUCAGACGAGCGUUUUAUGACGUAUACUGCAACAGAUGUAACAGAAAAAAGAACAUACCUAUCAAUGUACAAAUUUAGGAUUUUCAAACCAACUGAUUAUCAACCAACUGAUUUUCAACCAACUGAUUAUCACGAAUCUGAUAUUUACCAUUUCCGUUACGGAAAUUUUAUUUUAUCUUUUAACAGUUAUAUUUAUAAUACUGAAGUUCUAUGUUGGCCUACUUAGUGUGAUCAAAAUACCAACCAAAUGUUCACACUUGCUAAUAAAAAAUUCAACAAUAAGUAGCAGAAAACAGAAUUUAAAAGUUAGAUUUAGGAAAAGACAACACUUUUCUAUUUCGUUUUUAAAUAUUAGAGCAUUUUUGUAAACAAUGUUUGUUCAGACGACUCACUGUUGGCUCCGAAUGUAAAAAAAAAAGUAGUGCCGUCAAAUAAAAAGAGCAAACUAAUACAUUUCUUCUAUCGUCUAUAUUCUCCAUGGCAAGCAGAGGUGUGACGUCAUUUAAAAUAGAUACGCCUCAGUAACACCACUGUUCACGCAAAUUCUUUUUUCAUAUUCGUUUUCCAAAGUUAACGGUGAGCAAGCCUGUAUAUGUAAAUACAACAGUAGAAAUUAUAUGAAGAAAUUUAGAAUUGAAUAUAAAAUAAGCACAUCCUGUACAACAAAAUGCAAAUAAAGUAUAUUAUUUCAGAAUCGAUGAAAGUCUUCGAUGCGUGAAUGUACUGUCAUCAUAAUUGAGAAAGAAAUGGGGGGAAAAUUUAUUGUUUAAAGAGAUCGAAUGGACCAAUCCGCUAAGCACCACCCAGUUGAAUAUUGUUACUGAAGUGUACUAUAAUGUAAUGUGUGUUUGUGGGACGUGUUUAUCCAUGGCCAUGUUCUGAUUGGUCGGUUAAGUUUGUAUUUAGGCUUAUUGAGAUUUUUAAAUAUGUUGUAAGAUGUCUUAAAUAUAUUAAACUGUAUGUGUGGAAUAAUCGGGA